AUGCCGAACCGCAGAGGCGGGAAGAACGCCUUUUUCUUCUUCGUGCUGGAGAAGUUGCCGGAGUUGAAGCAGCGCGGUCUGAAUGUGGCUGGCGUGGCGGACGCGGUCCCGCACUGCUCGGAUGGUUGGGCGAUGCUGACUGAAGAGCAAAAAGAAAAGUAUGCAGAUAAGGCUCGGAUGUGGAAAGCUAAGAAGUUGGAAACUGGAGCAAAAGCGGCAAAUGACAAAUUGCCUGACCGGGUCCUGACACCUCUUCGUAUGCCAACCCAGACGGUUCCUGUUGAAAGCCUUACCAGCACAUCCAGGAAAUGUGGUCAAGUUAUGCUUAAAAGUGAAUUCUACAUCCUGGACAUUUUCAGCCAUGGAGAACUGCCGCCUCAUUGCAUUCAGCGUUUUCUCCCAUGUGAAAUUGGUUGUGUCAAAUAUUCACUUAAGGAUGGCAUAAUUGCAGACUUUCACCAUUUUAUAGAUACUGGAGUGGUUCCCCGGGGUUUUCGGUUUCAUUGCCAAGCUGCAGGUAAUACCACUCAUAGGAUUCCCUUUUCUGGCUCUGAGCUUUCCUUUGCAAGUUAUUCAGCUGUGUUUCGUGACCUUUGCAAGUUCAUCCAGUUACAUAGGUACAACUCACCGCUCAUCUGUUGUAAGUCUGAUGGCCAUUUUAGGGUGAGCUGGUGCUUGAAUUACAUGGCUGAGGAAGCAGGCACAACAAAACAGCUGAAUCUUCUCAGUGUGGAAGACCUUGUGAUGGAACUGUAUCAACUCAAGUCUCAAAAGGAGCCUUCCAAGACUUGGGUGUACAACGCACUGGAUGUUUCCAAGUGGGAUUAUUCCAGCAAUACUAGGUGCAAGUGGCAUGAAGAGAAUGAUAUACUAUUCUGUGCCCUUGCGAACUGCAAGAAAAUUGCAUAUUGUAUCAGCAACUCGCUAGCUGACCUGCAUAGCAUCCCACUAACUCCAGCUCAUUUACCAGUGCUUGACAAGGAUUCCCAAAGUACAGUGAACCCUAAGAUGGUUGUAUUGGAUGCUGGACGUUUCCAGAGAGUGAAGGCUCAGUUUGGGGGAAAUGAUAGGUACUUCUCAUCUCUUCAUCGGGAUAAAGAUGCCAUUCCUCAUGCUGAUGAGCAUCCUUCAGGAGUGAAGAUAGUGAAUGAAAUCAGCAUUGGCCGUGGAAGAGGAAUCACACGUUUUCUGGAGAGCAUGUCCAAGCAGCCCAGUAGCUGGAAAUUUACAAGUGCUUCCUAUCCAAAAUAAUUUAACGUAUCUGUGUUUCCAAACACAUGGGGAUCAUAAGACAUUUCAUUGCUUUCUUUUUCUGUUUGUCAUGUUUAAGUUUUUCUUUAACAAAGGGAAAACUAAUUCUACUUCUGUUUGCUGACAGUUUAACACUUCGUGCUUAAGAAUUGAAGUAUUACUUUAGAGUGAAGAAUUCUUGAUGUCUAUGUUAAAUGGAAGUCAGAAUAACUGAAACCCAUAAGGCAGUUUUCUGAAAAUAUCCGGAUUCAUUGAAACCUAUGUUGUGCUGUAUUCCGCAGUGUACAAGUAAAAGUCAGUUUGGCUUUUAUGGCUUUUCCGGGCUAUGUGGCCUUGGUCACACAGCCUGGAAAACCCACAACUGCCAGUUGAUUCUAGCUGUGAAAGCCUUCAACAGUAGAAGUAAUUUUGUUCUUCAAAGUAAACUUUUGCUGUUUCUAUAGAGUUAAAAAAACCUUCUAUUGCAAUUACACUUUAAGCUACUUACAUGUUGCGGUGAAUUGUCUUGUACUUUAAGGAGAAAGGUGUUUAUAUUUAUGUAUAAAUCAUUAUGUUAUGCAGAUGUCUCUUGGUGCAUUGAGUGCAUUUUCUGUAA